AUGAUUUCUAUUACUGGCCUCCCAUAAGUAAGUUAUUAAUUUAUUAAAGAAUGUCAAUGAAGAAAUGUUAUAUGAUAUAUUUCGAUUGUAUGGAAAACUCUUAGAAGUAAAGAUUAAUAAGGAAUAUUAUGAAUCUCAUUGUGCUAUAAUUGAAUUUGCAGAUGAGAUAUCUGUUCAUCAAAUCUUAUUUGAAUAGAAAGAAUUUAAAAUUAAUAAUAACAUUCUAAAAGUUUCACUUUAUGAUGAACAUAAUAAUGAUGAAUUUAGAACUGUUUAUUUAUAUGUAAAUAACUUUCCAUCAGACAUUACUUAAGAAUAAUUGUCAAUCUUUUUUGAAUAAUUUGGACCAGUUUUCAAUUGUAAAAUAAAAUAAUCAAAAUAAUCGAACCAUAAAUCAUAAUUGUAAAUUAAAUAAAUCUAAAGUAGUUCUGGUUUUGUAGAAUACUAGAGUUUCUAAACUACUCUUAAAUUGAUGGAAAUUUAUUUGAGAUAACCUUUAAAAGUAAAUGGAAAAAUUCUAAUUAUCUAACCUUUUAAAGAUAAGAAUUAACCAAGAGCUUCAAUCUAAAUAAUUAUUUAGGGAUUUUGUAGAAAAUUGAAUUAAGCAGAAUCAAAUAUUUUUCAAAUUUAAAGAUUUGUUGAGUUGACAUGGGAAUUAUUAAUAGUAGAAUAUUUUAACUCAAGAAAAUUACAAAUGAAAAAUUGUUUUGUCAAAAUGAAAAAUGAUGAACCUAUUAUAAUUUUGAUAUUUCCAACAUUAAGUGAUACCAUCAAAUUUAUGAAAUUAGCAGAUUAAAUUCAUGGACAUCCUUGUUUUUAGUAAGAUAUUGAUCUAAUUCCUAAUAUUUUUAAAAAUUAUUCUAUUGAUUCAUCUUUAUCAUAAACAUUUUAAUAAUUUUAAAAACUAAAUUAAUUACCAUGUGAACAAUUUAAAUAGAGAUCAUAUUAAGAUUAUUUUAGAGGAAAUUUUUCUUAAUUUAGAUGUAGAUAUCAUUUUAAUUGUUAAGAUUUUUAUGAUGAUAGGAUAUUAGUUAUUUCAAAUUUAAAAUAAUCAGUAACAAAAGAAUUAAUGAAUGAGUAUUUUUUAUAAUUUGGUUUGAUAAAAUCAGUAUUAUUAAAAAACGAUUAAGAAGAUAAAACAAAGGAUAAAACUAAAGUAUGUUUUGCUUUGUCUCUCACUUCUUUUGAUGCUUAAUAAAUAUUGUAGGAAUAUGAAAAUAAAUAAGUAGGAUUUCAUUAAACAAAAUUUAAUAUUUCAGAUUCUCCAGUGAAAAUUUAUAAACUUAAUUUUAAACAUAUUGAAUAUGAAAAGAUACUAACUGAAUUAUAUGAGCAAUAUUUACAAAAAAAAGAAGUUUAAAUUACUAUGAAGAAAAUAAUAGAAAUUAAAUCUAAAGAAUAUUUUAAAAGCUUUGAUUAAAUAAUAGAAGAAUUGGAAUAAUUUUAAUAACUAAAUUUACUUGAUUAAAAGUAUAUUAUCUAAUAGUUAACUUAUUAAAUUGUUUCGGUUUAAUCACAUUUAAAUUUAGUAGAUUAAAAAAGAAUAUCAUGUAUUGAUUAAAUUUUUAAAUAUUAGGUUUAAUAAUUAAUAAGUAUUAGAAAUUGGGAUAGAUAUUUGAACUUUAUAAAAAUCCUAUAAAAUUUACAUUAGAAAUAGAAGAAGCAGAGAAUAAAAUAAUCUUAGAUUUGCAUUCUGAAAUUAUUUAAAAAUAUAAGACUUUAGAUUCUAUAAUGAAUAAUUUCGAAGUAUUUUAUUCAUUAAAGGAUGAUUAAAAGAUUAAUAUCAUUAAAUUUCUUAUUAAAGAGCAAAUCAUUAAAGAAAAAUAAAUUACAGAUAAUGAAGCUAGUAAAAUAACUAAAUAAAUAAUGAAGAAAUUCAAUAACAAAAUCUAAGAUUUGAUUUGUUUUUUAGAAGAUAAAAAGGAAUUUUCGAAUGUUUUGAAAAAUAUGGAUUGA